AUGAAGCAUAUUCUGUACCUCUGUUUUGCUGGGCUAGUUGUUGGUGACCGUAUCAGAUACGGCGACGACGUGCCUGUCAUUACAGUAAAAAAUGGGUCGUAUGCCGGCAUUUUCACCCCAAGAUAUCACCAAGACUUCUUUUUGGGGAUUCCCUAUGCAAAGCCAGCCCAACGGUUUAGUGUAGCUGAACGCCUUAACCACAGCUGGAAUGAGACACGUCCAGCCGCAGCCUACCCACCUCAUUGCUACGGCUAUGGGCCGGAUAACAUUGGGUAUGAGAUGUCAGAAGACUGCCUGUAUCUCAACGUUGUUCGCCCUAGCAAAAUAUCAAAAGACGCUCAGCUGCCCGUCGCAAUUUGGAUUCAUGGUGGAGGUCUAUACAUGGGUGGCUCAGCUGACAGACGAUAUAACCUCUCUUUUGUUGUUGAGCAAAGUGCACAGAUGGGGAAGCCCAUCAUUGGUGUUAGUCUCAACUACCGACUCGUGGCAUUUGGAUUUCUAGGGGGCGAGGAGGCGCAAGCUGCUGGGGCAACCAACAUUGGAUUUCGCGACCAGAGGCUUGCAAUUGAAUGGAUCCAUGAGAAUAUUAGGGCGUUCGGUGGUUCGCCUGAGAAGAUCACCAUCUGGGGCGAGAGCUCAGGGACUGAGAGCGUCACGGCCCAGGUUUUUGCAUAUAAUGGGCAGCAUAAUGGUCUUUUCAGAGGUGCCAUUGGCCAAUCCGGAUUCGGUGGAAUUAUCCCGCGACUUCCUGGAGGAUACAAUGCCACCGCCCUGCAACAGGAACAUUUUGACAACUUAGUUCGCAAUGUCUCGACUUGUGCUUCCACUGUUGGCACCCCACACGCUUUGGAGUGCCUGCGUAACGCUGACUUCAGAGAUAUCAAUGCAACCUUGUCGCAGAUGCCGGCAUUGACCUGGUCACCUGUCUUAGAUGGUGAUUUUCUUGCAGACUACAGUGCCAAUCAGGUGUCGAAUGGAAGAUUUGCCCGAGUUCCCAUCCUAAUUGGGGCGAACUCUGAUGAAGGUACAGGGUUCGGGUCUGGCAAAGGGCCAGACGGCGGGUCAUUCAAUACGGACGACGAUAUUCGCGGAGCAAUUCAGAAUUUCAUUUCUCCAACGGCUGGCAUAAAAACCGGCAAAUCCGUUGAUGACCUUUUGGACCAAGCCCUUUACCUCUAUCCUAAUAUUCAAUCUGCGGGAAUCCCAACUUUAAAAACAUGGCCACAUGUUUUGCAGCCAAACGAUAAUUUUACGCAAUCGCUUGGUCUACAGUAUCGACGAGGCAAUGCAUUUUUUGGUGAUGUAUACAUGCACUACCUACGCCGAAGGGCAAAUUUAGCAUGGUCCCGGUACGGGCUUCCGUCGUUUGUCUAUCGCUUCGAUGUAACUGUAAAUGGAAAGCCUGAGUUUACCGGGGCCACUCAUUUUCAAGAGGUCGCUUUUGUAUUUUACAAUAUUAAUGGAGAUGCUUACACGGUAAAUCCCUUUGGCGGUGAUGAUCAUGCAUAUUCUAGGAAAGCUCGAGCUCUUGCCAAAGAAAUUUCAUCUAUGUGGAUCAACUUCAUUGUUGACCAGAAUCCCAACGGGUAUCAACAUCAGAGCUGCGAGAGUGAUAGGUGGCCCACGUUCGACCCUACAGAUGGCGGAGGCGCGGGACGUGGUAUUGUCUUCGAGCUGGACCAUUUGUCGGUUGAAUUAGAUGAUUGGAGAGCAGAGGGUAUAAAUUGGUUAAUUCAAAACGACCUUGCGCUCAUCGGGAACUAA